AUGUCUCUUUGUGCAUCUUCUCACAAGGAGUUUUCUCAGCUUCUCCCCAUUCAAGAUAUUGGAUGUAACAAAGCCGAGAUCAAAAGCUCACCAUCUGGCCUUAGUUCUCCCGCUCCCUACAACUGCAGCCAAGGCGUUCUGCCCCUGGAACAUAGUCCCCUUUAUAUUCCUUCAUCUUACGUUGAAGGGUGCCAUGAGUAUUCAGCAAUGGCCUUCUAUAGUCCCACUGUGAUGAACUACAGCAUUCCAAGCAACGCCAAUGACUCAGAAGGUGGAGCCGUCAGACAGACAACCAGUCCCAACAUAUUAUGGCCAACUCCUGGACACCUCUCACCUUUGACGCUGCACUGCCAGUCAUCGCUCUUAUAUGCAGAACCCCCGAAAGGCCCCUGGUGUGAAGCAAGAGCAGUGGAACAUGUGUUGCCCAUGAGCAGAGAGACAAUGAAAAGAAAAGUUAAUGGGAACAGUUGUAACAGCCCCAUUAUCAAUAGCCCGGGCUCAAAGAGGGAUGCCCACUUCUGUGCUGUCUGCAGUGAUUAUGCAUCUGGUUACCACUAUGGUGUGUGGUCAUGUGAAGGAUGUAAGGCAUUCUUUAAAAGGAGCAUUCAAGGACAUAAUGAUUAUAUUUGUCCAGCUACAAAUCAGUGCACAAUUGAUAAGAAUCGACGCAAAAGUUGCCAGGCUUGUAGACUUCGGAAAUGUUACGAAGUUGGAAUGAUGAAAUGUGGUUCCCGGAGAGAACGUUGUGGGUAUCGAGUUAUCCGAAGGCAGCGGAAUGCAGAUGAGCAAAUGAAUUGUCUUAGCAAAGCAAAGAAAAACAGUGAAAAUGUAACCCGAGUAAAAGAGCUGCUGAUGAAUGCCCUGAGCCCUGAGCAGUUUGUGCUAUCUCUCCUGGAAGCAGAGCCACCCAAUGUAUUUGUGAGUCGCCCCAACAAACCAUUUACCGAAGCCUCCAUGAUGAUGUCAUUGACCAAGCUUGCUGACAAGGAGUUGGUUCACAUGAUCGGAUGGGCCAAGAAAAUUCCUGGCUUUGUGGAGCUCAGCCUGUAUGACCAAGUGAGGCUUUUAGAAAACUGCUGGAUGGAAGUGUUAAUGGUGGGGCUGAUGUGGCGAUCAAUUGAUCAUCCUGGCAAACUCAUCUUUGCGCCAGACCUUGUUCUGGACAGGGAUGAGGGCAAAUGUGUUGAAGGGAUUUUGGAAAUCUUUGACAUGCUCCUGGCAACGACUUCAAGGUUCCGAGAGUUGAAACUCCAACACAAGGAGUAUCUCUGUGUCAAGGCUAUGAUUCUCCUGAAUUCCAGUAUGUUUCCUUUAGCAACAGCAACUGAAGAACCGGAGAGCAGCAGGAAGUUACAUCACCUGCUUAAUGCUGUGACUGAUGCACUGGUGUGGGUUAUUGCAAAGAGUGGAAUCUCCUCUCAGCAGCAGUCCAUACGUCUGGCUAAUCUUUUGAUGCUGCUUUCUCAUGUUAGGCAUGCAAGUAACAAAGGUAUGGAACACCUGCUCAGCAUGAAGUGCAAAAAUGUGGUCCCUGUCUACGACCUGCUCCUGGAGAUGCUGAAUGCCCACACGUUGAGGGGAUAUAAAAAGUCACCUGUCACUGUGUCAGAGUAUGACCCUGCAGAGCAGACUCAGAGCAAGGACGUGGGCCCUCAGAACCUGCUGUCUCAGUGA